UUGAACAUUUAAAUAUUUAAAGUCCCAUGAAAAAAAGUGGGGAUGAUCAUUAAAUGAGCGUAUCGUUUUUCAAGCGCUUCGGUUAUCCAUAGUUCUCAAAUCGUAGCCAGAGGUAUUCCAAAGCUCGGCGUAAACGGCUCGCCGCGUGCACACCAAUCCAAGUUCGUUAUCCUGUUCAGUGAAUCGUAGGAGGCCGCGUGAUUGCAUUCAAAUUAAUUCAGGAUGCAGCGAUCUCUAGGCGAUAAAGUUUGACAUUUGAACCGUUUACAUUGUUAUGGUACUUGCGUAAAGUUUUCGUCGCCUUACUGAACGCGAAACGGUGUUAAAUCGAUGGCUUUGGACGGGGAUGGCCGUAUCCUGAGGCAGAUGAGGCUCGGCGUGGCCCGAAACUUGUUCAACGCGGAGCCUUCAAUAGGAAACUAUGACCGUUUCAUACCGUGCCGGAACAACAACAACUGGGAGACCAACUUUGCCACGAUGCCCGACCCCAAUAAGUCCGUGCAUGUGGCCAAGAAAACGGGCAGCAAUCGGGAGAAUGGCGGCGAGAACGCUAGAGACAGUUCCGUCUACAAUAUCCUGUUGCGGAACGAGAUACUGGGCGAGAACAUCGAGGACGUGAAACUUCACUGCGAUGAAAGGGACGCGCUCACCCCCGUGAAAAGUAGAAACUUGUUUCGAUACGGUACUCCUGUUAAGAAAUCGCACCAGCCGGAACGGACGCCGAUGAAAUGCCAACCGAGCAGCCCAUACUCGUUGUCGCCGCUCAGCACGAGCAGCCAACGGCUACUGCGUUCGCCGCACAAGGCCACCCGCAAGAUAUCCCGCAUACCGUUCAAGGUGCUGGACGCGCCCGAGCUCCAAGACGACUUCUACCUGAACCUGGUCGACUGGUCGGUCCAGAACGUGCUCAGCGUCGGCCUAGGCAGCUGCGUUUACCUGUGGUCCGCGUGCACCAGCCAAGUGACGAGGUUAUGUGACCUGUCCGGAGACGCGAACAUGGUGACGUCGGUGUCGUGGAGCGAGCGGGGCAAUCUGGUCGCGGUCGGCACCCACAACGGCUACGUCACCGUGUGGGACGUCACCGUCAACAAGCAAGUGAACAAAUUAAUCGGGCACUCGGCCAGAGUCGGCGCACUCGCCUGGAACGGCGACGUGCUCAGUUCCGGCAGCCGGGAUCGGAUGAUACUGCAGCGCGAUACCAGGAUGCCGCCGAACGUGGCGGAAAGGAAACUGAUCGGGCACCGGCAGGAGGUUUGCGGUCUCAAGUGGUCCCCCGACAACCAGUACUUGGCGUCGGGCGGCAAUGACAACCGCCUCUACGUGUGGAACAUGCAGUCGUUGUCGCCCGUGCAGACAUACACGGACCAUUUGGCCGCGGUCAAGGCUAUCGCGUGGUCCCCCCACCACCACGGGCUGCUAGCCUCGGGCGGCGGCACCGCCGACCGUUGCAUACGUUUCUGGAACACCCUCACGGGCCAGCCGAUGCAGAACAUCGACACCGGAUCGCAGGUGUGCAACCUGGCGUGGUCGAAGCACAGUUCGGAACUGGUAUCGACCCACGGAUACUCCCAGAACCAGAUCCUGGUGUGGAAGUAUCCCAGUCUGACGCAGGUCGCGAAGCUCACGGGUCAUUCGUACCGCGUGCUGUACCUGGCCCUUUCGCCCGACGGGGAGGCGAUCGUGACGGGAGCGGGGGACGAGACGCUCCGGUUUUGGAACGUGUUCAGCAAAGCGCGGUCACAGAAAGAGACCAGAUCAGUACUGAGCCUGUACACGGGCAUCCGCUAGCCGCCUGUACAUUGGCACUAAAUGUACGCCUCACGCAACGUGUUCUAAUAUAUUAUUUUCUUUUUAAAUAUACACGCUAUUUAUAUUUGGAUCAUUUUUGCGGUACAAAACGGGCGCCGCUGGGAGGGGGGUACGUUUUACUCGCUCCCGACCGCAGUUUUUCACACUCUACUUCCGUGAAGUAUAGUUCGGGGACCGUUUUAGUUUUAUUUUUACACUCUGUACAGAGAGGACUUUAUUUUUCAUGUGAUAUACUAUAUAUAAUUAAAACAUUGAAUUUUUUUUCUGAGCGUAUAGUCUGUUACAAAGUAGCAAAUUUGUAGGUCGGUAUUAGGUCGCGUGGAUGGAUAAACGACAUUCAUUUAAUGACUCUGUGUGCUUGUUGCAAUAUUGGGGAAAUAAA